AUGGCUAAGCAAUCUCUAGACGUUUCCUCCGACAGAAGAAAGGCCAGAAAGGCUUACUUCACUGCCCCAUCCUCUGAACGUCGUAUUUUGUUGUCGGCUCCUUUGUCCAAGGAAUUGAGAGAGCAAUACAACAUCAGAGCCUUGCCAAUCAGAAAGGAUGACGAAGUUUUGGUUUCCCGUGGUUCUAAGAAGGGCCAGCAGGGUAAGGUCUCUUCUGUCUACAGAUUGAAGUUUGCCAUCCGUGUCGACAAGUUGACCAAGGAAAAGUCCAACGGUGCUUCAGUCCCAUUGGACGUUCACCCAUCCAAGGUUGUAAUUACCAAGUUGCACUUGGACAAGGACAGAAAGGCCUUGAUUGAAAGAAAGGGUGGUAAGUUGGAAUAG